CAGAGAAAACGGAACCAUGAGCACAGCAGGAAAAGUAAUCAAAUGCAAAGCAGCUGUGCUGUGGGAGUUGAAGAAACCCUUUUCCAUUGAGGAGGUGGAGGUCGCACCUCCUAAGGCCCAUGAAGUUCGUAUUAAGAUGGUGGCCACAGGAAUCUGUCGCUCAGAUGACCAUGCAGUUGGUGGAACGAUUAUCACGCCUCUCCCUGCGAUCUUAGGCCAUGAGGCAGCUGGCAUUGUGGAAAGUGUUGGAGAAGGAGUGACUACAGUAAAACCAGGUGACAAAGUCAUUCCACUCUUUACUCCCCAGUGUGGAAAAUGCAAUGUUUGUAAACACCCAGAAGGCAAUUUCUGCUUGAAAAGCGAUCUGAACAUGCCCCGGGGAACCAUGCAGGAUGGUACCAUCAGAUUCACCUGCAGAGGGAAGCCCAUUUACCAUUUCCUUGGCAUCAGCACCUUCUCCCAGUACACAGUGGCGAAUGAGAUGGCAGUGGCCAAGAUCGAUGAAGCCUCACCACUGGAGAAAGUCUGUCUCAUUGGCUGUGGAUUUUCUACUGGUUAUGGGUCUGCAGUCAAAGUUGCCAAGGUCACCCAGGGCUCCACCUGUGUUGUGUUUGGCCUUGGAGGAGUUGGCUUGUCUGUUAUCAUAGGCUGUAAAACAGCAGGAGCGGCCAGGAUUAUUGGGGUGGACAUCAACAAAGACAAAUUUGCAAAAGCCAAAGAGGUGGGUGCCACUGAGUGCAUCAGCCCUCAGGACUACAAGAAACCAAUCCAUGAGGUGCUGAAGGAGAUGAGUGGUGGCGGUGUGGAUUUUUCAUUUGAAGUCAUUGGGCGGCUUGACACCAUGAUGGCUGCCUUGUCCUGCUGCCAAGAGUCAUACGGUGUAAGCGUCAUUGUAGGAGUAGCUCCUCAUUCCCAAAAUAUCUCUAUGAACCCCAUGAUGCUAUUGAGUGGACGUACCUGGAAAGGAGCAAUUUUUGGUGGCUUUAAGAGUAAAGAUUCUGUCCCUAAACUUGUGGCUGAUUUUAUGGCUAAGAAGUUUUCACUUGAUCCAUUAAUAACCCAUGUUUUACCUUUUGAACAAAUAAAUGAAGGAUUUGACCUGCUUCGCUCUGGAAAGAGCAUCCGCACCAUCCUGACAUUUUGAGGCCAUACAAAUGCCCUCAUUUGAAGCAGGUCUUUUGGCUCCUGCACCUUCUGGAACCAUCAGCCAAACAGCAUCAUUAUCUCUGUUCUUCAGGAAUGCGAUCAAUCAAUUAUACAUGAGAGCUUUCCAAAAGAAGCAAAAAUGAAAUGAAAUCCUUUUCUUUAAAAUCUCUUUUCAAGCAAAUGUUUAAAAUCCCAGAGAAAGCUGGAUACACCAUCAGCUGCAUAGUUGAGUCCAGUAAACUUUCCUUCUUAUUCAUUCUACUCCUGUUGAAUUGUGGCAUCUUUCCCAUUGAGGAAAAGUAGGUAUUUCUUGCACUUCUUGUAUCUUUGCUGCCCUAAGUCACUGAAACCCAGGGGAGCGGGUCCUCAUUACACUUGUCCCCCAACACACACAUGAUGAACUUCCACCCUUGAACUGUUCUAUUUCCACCUCUAUUUCCACUGUCUGUAUUUUCCUUUUUAUGAAAUGUACCCAAGCCCUAGGGGAAAUGCUAUCAUCUGAUAAGGAUACACUUAGAUUUACAA